UGUAUAUCCCCCCUCGGCAUGGAAAGUAAAUCAAUCUCUGAUGCGCAAAUAUAUGCCUCCUCACAACUGAAUGAUGAUCGGGCUCCAUCGCAGGCCAGGUUGCACAUUCAAGCGGCCACUGAUGGUAAAAAUAGGGGGUGGUCUGCUCGCAAGAACGAUCUUUAUCAAUGGUUACAGGUGGGCCUUGGAAGUGAAGCAAUUGUGACGCGUGUAGCAACACAGGGGAUAGAUGGCCUCGACGAGUGGGUGACAAAAUACAGAAUACAAUUUAGCUAUUCUGGGAUAAAUUUCCGAUUUUACAAGAAUGCAGAACACAGUUCUGCACAGGUUUUCGAUGGAAAUGAAGACAGUUCCACAGUUGUAGUCAGAAGACUUAGCGAGCCGAUCAGAGCACGUUUCGUCCGAUUAUUGCCGAUAGAGUGGCAUAAACACAUAUCAAUGAGAAUUGAGAUUUACGGAUGCCCAGACUGCAUCACACCUCUUGGCAUGGAAAGCGGACAUAUCGCUGACUCAAAGAUAACUACAUCCUCGAUUUUGGAUGACAAAAGCCUUGCAAGUCAGGCCAGGUUGAAUUAUAAAGCGGACGGUGGCUUUGGGGGAGGUUGGUCAUCUCUCGCAAAUGAUGCUAACCAAUGGCUUCAAGUAGAUCUUGGUACUUACACGCGUGUGACACGUUUAGCCACUCAAGGAAGGAAUGGGCACGAUCAGUGGGUGACCAAGUAUAGGGUGGAGUACGGUGAGGAUGGCCAGAGCUUCCAGGUGUACAAACCAUCAAAUGCCAGCGUAGCGAGGGUUUUCACUGGAAAUCAAAACAGCGAGGCAGUGGUUCACAGCAGUUUGAGCCCACCAAUCACAACAAGGUUUAUACGGCUUAUACCGGUGGAGUGGCACAAUCAUAUCUCAAUGAGGAUAGAGAUCUAUGGCUGCCCAGGAUGUGCAGCAGUACUUGGUGUGGAGAAUAAAGAAAUAUCUGAUGCCAACCUAAAGGUAUCCUCACAAAUGGAUGAGGAUCACGGCGCAAAGGAGGCAAGGUUAAAUUCGAAAGCAGACGGGAACAAGAGAGGGGGAUGGUCAGCCAUGAGCAAUAACUUCAAUCAGUGGCUUCAAGUGGAUAUCGGUGAUAACUCUGUAUUUUAUGGAAAUCAGGACAGUGACACAGUUGUAAAAAAUGUGCUCAUUCCACCAAUAACAGCACGUUACAUUCGCCUGAUGCCUGUUGAGUGGCACAAUCAUAUAUUGAUGAGGGUGGAAAUCUACGGCUGCUCAGUGUUUACCGGUUCGCCAACUGUACCGCCGUCAGAAAUGACGACAGAAGCUAACACAGACAAAGAAGGGGGAAUACUCGGAGCGCAACAAGGAAACAGGAAAACAGAAGGCGUUAAUGCACUUGCUGUGGUGUUACCCUUGGUAAUCAUUUUAAUCGCUGUCGUAGCACUGGGUGUAUUCUUUUACUGGAAAAGGAGAGGUCAAAAGAAUGUGGACAUAAACACGGUUGCAUUUCAGACGGGAACCAAUGAAUUAAACUAUGCAGUGAACAAAAUAUACGAUGAUCGUAAAUCAUCCGGUUACCAACUCCUCAGCGAAGAACACUUAAAUUGAUGAGAAUAGGGAUGCGGUGGUGCCUGACUGAAACUGAAAAAAUAAGCAGCAAGGAUAUGUUUUAGCCUGUUAGUGUUUUAAAAAAUUUUUAAAAACAAAAACAAAAAAAAUCCUCUGAGGAUUCUAAUCAUUUAUCGAAUAACAGUCGAAGUAAAAAACGCCACGCGAAAGUAAUAGGUACCGUUUUUCUUUAUAGUUAGAGGAGAAUUAGUUAGGUAGCCAGUUUCUGAAUGUGCAAGUUUCCUCUCUAAAAAGAUGGUCAAUUUUAGUUUGUUGCUAUCUGAACGAUGCAAGUUUAUUGCAGUGGAUGAUUACUGGAUCAUGGAGCAUUUAUCGAUUGAGUGUCGUAAGCCGAAAACCAAAGUUAUCACAACAACCAAUCAGAGGAUUAGAAAAUACCUUUAAAAACCAAAGAGAACUAGAAGUAAAACCAAGCAAACUGCCCAAAGUGCGGGAAAACGCGGAUGACCAAGUCGUGAUUGGCUUUAGUUUUGCAUCUGAUUGGUUGAGAGAGUGGUGCGAGUUCUUUGGAACCAAUCAUAGAGCAGAGUGAGGCAAAUCCAAAGCAAUACCUGAUUACUUUCGACACUCCAUUAAAAACCGCCCUGUUUUGAAAAGUACACAACCAAAAACUCGUUGUUCAACUGAAAAAAUGACUCGCAAGCAUUUAGUAAACCCACAUUUUAGACUACUGGAUGAAUAUCAAAAAAUGUUUAUCUUGAUUUAAUUUUUUGCCCUAAUGUGGAUAUGAUUUAUGGAAAAAUACUUUUGUCAGUCUUAAUAGUUGUGAACGGUUUCAGAGGGCGUAUUCAUAACCGUAUAUACACUCAAUUACAAUUUACCUUAGUAAUAAAAGUAAUCUAAUAUCUUACUAGAAAA